AUGGAGGAGGCCACCGCCACGCACCCGCCCCGCCCGAGAACCGCGGCGACACGGACGCGGACGCUGGCGUUCCUCCUCGCAGUCUUGCAGGGCGUCCCCAUCGGCUACGCGGCGCCCAAUCCGUCGCCCCUGGCGAGCUCCAACUGGGGCAGCCCACGGAGGUACGUCCAUCUGCAAACUUCCACCGAGCUCAGCAACUUUUACCUGGAGAUCAAGCUGGACGGAAGCGUGCGGAGAAGCACCAGCAGGAAUCCCUACAGCGUCGUCAUGCUCAAGGCGGACACCAGGGAGCGCGUCGCCAUCCUUGGCGUCAAAAGCAGCCGUUACUUAUGUUUGGACCUCAACGGAACCCCAUUCACUUCAGCAGUUUGUUUGCGUGACGACUGCGUGUUCGAGCACCGACUCCUGGAGAACAACCGCGACGUCUUCUACUCGGUCCGCACUGGCAUCCUACUCAACCUGGAGGGCUCCCGCCAGGUCUUUGCGGCCGGGCACAACGUGCCGCCCACCGCCCUCUUUCUGCCCAAGAGCAGCUCGGUUCCUUUGGAGCGCCUCCUGCUUCACCGGGAGAAGCGCAAUCGGCCGCAGCAGCAGCAACGGGAGGGCUCCGACUCCCGACCCUUGCCCGAGGACGAUGCCGAGUCCUGGGACGAGGGUGCCAAUUCGUCUCGAGAGUUACUCCGCCAGCCCCCGGCUCACGAUCCGUGGAGCGUGCUUUCCUCCAACCCUUCCAGCCCGGUGGGAGCCACCAGGGCAGCGCUAAAGAGCCACAUUCGGCUCUCAAAACACAGAAGAGAAACCACGCUGAAGAAACGUGACUGGGCCAGUGGCGAGACGGACCAAUCGGAGACCGCAGCGCUAUGUGCGUCAUCCAGUGGGCAGGGCUGA